CAGUUCUAAUUUCAAUUUACCAUUUCGCUAGCUGUCGUUUUAGGUUCUUGUAAAUUUAUAUUUUUUUUAACCCGAAUACUAAUAAAAGAGGUUAAAAAUUCAUUCCAACUCAAACACAGACAGAUUCCGCUUAUAAAUUUUGCACAAUCCAAAAUUUUAUACUUUUCAGUUCGUAAAUUUGUUGUUUGUUUCGUUUCAUUAUUUGCAAAAACAAAAAAACUCGACAUUAACGCGCUCCUUUUCGAACAAAAAAUCCAAAAAAUAACAGAAUAGUAGUAAACAUAAAAAUGAAUUCGCUAUUGCGAAUGGCAUCACGUGAUAUGGCGGCACUGCGAAGAGUUCAAAUGGUAUCGAAUCAUUAUUCCAGAGACUUUUUCAAGAUCAGUUUCAAGAAGCCCGUUCCUAUGAAAAGAAAUAAAGCAACAGCUAAGGAAGACCAAAAUCCUGAAGCAGUGCAACAAGCAAAGCAACCGGAAUCAACUCAGAAAGUCGCUGCGGUGGCCCCGAAUAUUACCGAUCAAAGGGCCAAAUGGAUGGCCAAAGUAUCUCCGGAGAUGCAAAAGAAGGCUCAAUUGUCGGCCAAUCGAGGAGCAGCUUCUGAAACUUUGCACUCGUUUCCAUCUACCCCGCCGAUACCGAUUUCCCCGCAGAAAAUUCAAGAAAGCAACGAAGCUUUUAAGGGAUCCUGUAGUGAAUCGCAGCGCAAGUCCUGGAUGAAUCGCAUGCAAGGCUCUCAGCAACAAAAGCAGGCUCAAUGGGUGAAGGAGAUGCAGGCCAAACAGCAGGCAGGAAGAGAAAUGCAGCAGCAAAAAUUACAGAAAAUCAAAGAGCAAACGAAUGCUCAAGCCCCAGCCGAGAGUAAUGCAUCCUCAGGUGAGACAGAUGAAGCCACUCCGGAACCAAAAUCCCCAGAACGUUUGGCCUAUUUGGAAGCAGUUACAAGGUUGAAUUCCUAUCAGGUGCUAGAGCCAUUGCCCGGAAGAAUUACAUUAAAGCCAAGUGAAACGCAGCUGGAUCCGAUUGUAGAACAAACUUUUGCCUGUUUGUAUAAAACGGGGCUGGAUCUAACCGAUUUGGAGGCAAUUCCGGUCAUCCAAGUAGCUGGAACCAAAGGUCGUGGCUCCACCUGCCGCAUAGUGGAGAGUAUUUUGCAAGCACACGGGGUCAAAACGGGGGUCCUGUCCUCACCCCAUGUCUUUUCGACCACCGAACGUAUACGCAUAGAUGGUGAACCCAUUUCGGAAGCGGAGUUCACCCAGCUCUUUGGGUUACUGCAUGACCAAUUGAUUGAGAUGAAACCACUGCCGGCAUACAAUAAACUUUUGACAGUGAUGGCAUUUCACGCCUUCCGGAACGCUGAGGUCGAUGUGGCUAUCGUUGAGGUGGGCAACGGUUGUGCCAGCGAUCCAACCAAUGUUUGCUUGCAUGCUCAAACCAUUGGCAUCAGCACUCUCGGCUGGGAGCAAAACUUUAAUCUGGGCAACUCCAUGAGGGAUAUCGCUUGGACCAAGGCCGCCAUUAUGAAGCCUGAUGCAAGUAUCUAUACAUCAGUCAUCCAACCGGAAUGCUGUGAAGUAUUGAAUCAAGGGGCCAAAAAAUUGGGUGUUAAACUCCACCGUGUUCCAGCUUUCCAUGAAUACAUAGAGAAGAAUUUAAAUAACAAGAAAACUCUAUCAAAUGUCAAUUACUCGAUGAGAUUAAAUGGCUCGUUGGGCAUUCAAUUGGCCUACGAUUAUCUCAGACGUUAUAAGCCCGAAUAUAUUGUCGGCCUGGAACCUAAUAGUGUUGAACUGACACAGGGAACAGCUCGUGGGAUUGAGACUUAUGAGCAGCCGGGACAAUUUGAUAUCAUCAAGUGUGGCAUGUUUAAUGUUUAUUUGGAUUUUGCCGACACUCUGGAGAGCAUGAUGGCUUGCCGGGAUUGGUUCUAUUCGCGUACACGCUGCAAUCGUUUCCCGAAGAUUCUUCUAUUCAACAAGGUGAAUGAGUUUAAUGCCAAAGAUCUAUUGACUGUCAUACGGAUGAAUGUGCGCUUCGAUGAGGCUGGCUUUGUUCCGAAUCCCAAUUACUUUGAGGGUGAAAUUAUCGACCAGGCACAGGAUUCUUCCAAGUCCAUGGUGUGGCAUGGAAUGGAAAAUUUGCAGCGAGCCAAACGUAAUGCCGGCAAUUGGCGCGCCCUCUGCGAGGAGACUGGCAAGAAGGAUAACUCUCAAAUAUCCCUAUCGAUUGCUUCAUAUUUCGAAUAUCUGACCAACAAAUAUGGCAAGCAAUCAUAUGGCAAAAGAAGCGAAUUAGAUGUUCUUGUCACGGGCUCUAGGCAAUUGGUUGCCGCCACAAUUUCCCAUCUGCACAAGUUGAAGGGUCUAAACACCAAAAUUUAGUCAAGCAAUCGAACAUAAAUCUAUAAAACAAAAACUACGAUUUUCGUUUAGUUUGUGAAAUUUUAUCGUGGAUUUUUUUGUUUUUAUGUUCAAUGCAAACACAAAAUUCGUUCUCAUCAUCAGCCACUGAAAAGCUCGAAGAAUCUACGACAACUUAAAAGAUGGACCAGUAUAAGAAUAUUUUCCAAAACAGAAACCAACAAAAUUUUUAUAAACGAAUUCGUUUUAUUCAGAGUACAAUAAAUAAAACAGAAAAUAAAACUGAA